AGCAGAGUGGAUUCACUGUACGCCCGUGAAUCCACUUUGAAGUUUUUUCAACUAAAGGAGAUAUUUACAUUCAAAGAAAUAUCUACCGACGAACUGGCUCUAUUAGCUAAGCUGGAAGAAGCCAAUAGGCUUAUCGAAUCGGACGCAAAGUCAUUAAAUUCUUUGCAAAAUAGUCGAAAUAAGAAGGAAGGUGACACGUCGCAAUUGUCGCUACCAUCCUGUGGGGAUGGAAGUGGUGGAGAUGGUGGUAAUGCGCAACGGUCGUCGACGGAUGGGGAAGAAAAUACGUGGACUGUGUGGGGCCACAUUGUCGCCGACUGGGAUAACUUUUGGAAAAAGAGGAAAGAUUUUGUGAAAGAAUUGGUGCGUCAAGGAAUACCUCAUCAUUUCAGGGGCAUAGUAUGGCAACUGUUGUGCGGCGCACACGAUUCCCCCGUUAAAAAACAAUUUGCAGAAUACAUUAAAGCCACCUCAGCUUGCGAAAGAAUCAUCAGAAGGGAUAUAGCGAGAACAUAUCCGGAACAUGACUUUUUCAAAGAAAAGGACGGUCUUGGUCAAGAGAGUUUAUUUAAUGUUAUGAAAGCGUACAGUCUUCACGACCGAGAAGUUGGAUACUGCCAAGGCUCGGGUUUCAUCGUGGGACUUCUUCUUAUGCAACAAAUGCCAGAAGAAGAAGCCUUUGCAGUUUUGGUUGCUCUGAUGCAAGAAUAUCGUUUACGGGAUAUGUUCAAACCGAGUAUGGCCGAACUUGGAGUCUGCAUGUAUCAAUUGGAGCACCUAGUCGCGGAUACGCACCCCGAGUUACACGCUCAUUUCACUGCUCAAAGUUUCCAUACUUCUAUGUACGCAUCCUCGUGGUUUCUUACACUUUUUACUACAGCACUGAGCCUUCCGUUAGCUUGCCGGAUUUUCGACGUGUUUUUGUCAGAAGGCAUGGAGAUCAUAUUCAAAGUUGCAUUAGCGAUGCUGCACCUAGGGAAAGAAGAUUUACUCAGCCUGGACAUGGAGGGCAUGCUAAAGUUUUUCCAGAAAGAGUUACCCGGUAGAGCCGAGGCGGAACCCGACAAGCUGAUGAACCUCGCUUACAGUAUGAAGAUCAACUCGAAACGCAUGAAGAGAUUAGAAAAGGACUACACGGUCUUGAAGAUGAAAGAGCAAGAGGAAAUGGUGGAACUGCGUAGGCUCAGAGCCGAGAAUAAGUUGCUUCGACAAAAGACGGAACUUUUGGAAGCCGAGUCGGCGGAACUGGCUGACAAAUUGGUAAGGGGUCAGGUAUCCCGAGCGGAGGAAGAAGAAACGACCUUUAUCGUGCAAAGGGAGUUGGCUGCUUUACGGCACACGCAUCUCGAUACAAGCCACCAGCUUGAACAGGCUCACGAAGAACUGAGAUCCCUGUCGAUUCUGCUUCAAGAGAGUUUGAUGUCGAAGCAGUCGUCUCUUGACGAGAUCUCCAUCAAGCAGGAAACGUUGACCCAAAAGGAAGAAAUGAUUCAGUGUCUGCAAGAAGAGUUGGUCAGGGUCAGGUUGCACGAAGCCGAAAACGAUGCUACCAUCCGAGACUUGAGGACCCGCGUUCAAGAACUGGAACAGGAUAAAAAAACCUUACGAGAAUCGACCCCGGAUAACUCCGUGGCGCAUCUACAAGAAGAACUUAUAGCGGUUAAGCUUAGAGAAGCAGAGGCCAAUUUGUCGUUGAAGGAUCUGAGACAAAGAGUUAUGGAGUUGAGUAGCGCGUGGCAACGACAUCUGCAAGAGCAUCGUUCCGCUCAACCACCUCCGGCAUCGGAUUCCACUCCAAAAAAAUUACUCUUUUGGGAAAAUAAAAGCAAUGAAAUUCAGAAGUUCGAGGAGGACCUUAUGACAACCAGAAUUCGUGAAAUGGAGGCCGUCGCAGAAGUCAGAGAACUCCGACUCAAAGUAAUGGAGCUUGAAACGCAAGUGCAGGUCGCUACGAAUCAAUUGCGACGGCAGGACGAAAACGAAAAGAUCCUCCGAGAGGAGUUGGAUGACGCUAUCGCUAGGGAGAAGGAAUUGGUCGCGAAAUUUCGAGAACAGCAACACAAAUACUUGGAUUUAGAAUCUAAAAUGAAGGACGAGGCGAUGAUGACUAGAAUAAAAGACGCGGAGCAUGCUCAGCAAGUAGCCGAAUUAACUCAGAAGAUAUCUCUUCUCGAAUUAAAGAACGAAGAGAUGUUUACCGAAGGUGAGCUGAAAAAUAAUCUGGACGACAACGAAAGAGUGAGGGAGUUGCAGGAUAAAGUCGAAGAACUGAAAGCAGAGGUGAUGGGCUUAGAAAAUUGGAAUCACCGACCGGCUAACGCGGAAGUCCAGGGUACGCAGAACUGCAGCGCGGAUGCCGAGAGCGACGUGGACGAGCGGGACCUUAAAAUAUGUUUUCAAGAUCAGUUGAGUACGAGUACGCAUAUUGCACCGGAGUUAUAACCUUUGUGUACAUAGUGGGUGAUCGGCCCAAGGAGUACUCGAAACAUACCAACUUGUACCCGCGGCAUAUAGUUAUGGUCUAAGAAGCGACAAUGACGGAGGUCCUUAACUUAAAGGUAAACCUCUUUCCGUACAAUUCCAUGGUCCAAAGCUGAGAUCCGAACGCGAAGUUUACGCAUGUAUCGCUAGAGGCUCCGAUUCUCUUCUAACCUGCAUAACAUACACUCAACUGUCAGCGUUUGAUCGCGCGUCAUAGUUGUAGUCAUUCUAGCGUGUAACUAAGGAAAAUACUCGCUGUAUUAUCUUCCACGUUAAUCGAGUUACCUGGAAUUUCUUUGGCAAUAAUUCAAAUUAACCACUCGUAGGCAAUACUUUCGAGCGAGGUCCGAACGGUUUACAUCGAUUCGUACUUUUUAAAUCGAAGCCUUGGUGCUCGCGUAAAUUUUCAACAUAUCAGAAUUAUUCUUUACGGUAGCUAAAUAAUUUGGAAGUAAGAGCUCGGCGUCUUACGACCUAGAUAGCAACGGUAUAUUUACAAAUUUUGAUCGCUAUUCCGUCCUUAUAUAUUAUUUAUUACGUUUUAAUUUUUCGCAUUUUUCUCGGUAAGGUUACAUUCCUAAACGAACUGCCAGGACGGUAACGACUCGACACUGGUAAAAGCGUUACAGCUGCGAUAGUUAAUUUUAUUUCAGAGUACGAUUUAAGUUAUCCUUCGAAUAAAGGACGAUUUUCGCUCGCGUUCCAAACGGAGCACUCGGGACUAACCGUUAAAAAUUAGCAAGAAUUAAGAUGUCAGUCGUGCCGUAUCGAUACGUUCCAGUUUUAAUUCGUCUUCUUAACGUCCGGCGCGUCGUUUUAACCGUUAGUACGGUUAAAUCACGCAUGUUCGUAACGCUUAAACGACCCUAACAUACAUUUCGACAGGAUUGCCCGGAACGCUACCGCUUUCUCCGUAUCGAGUUAAUUCCACUUUUUAUCGAUCAUCGUCUCCUUAGUAUUUAUUUAACGAUCGACCACUAGACGGUGAAAAUUGUCGCGGUAACUCCAUUAAAAUGGACGAUAGGUAGGAAUUUUAAACACCAUGUAAAAUCGUCGUUUCUUUUUAUCGAAAGCGGUAUUAAAAGUACUGUUGAAAAAUACACUCGGAAAAGAUCUUUAA